AUGCUGAUCGCGCUCGCACCGGCAGCCCUGCCUGGGCUCUCAAGGCAGCUGCCUGCGGCCCCCGCCAGGCGCCAGGACUCCUCCGGUUCGUCAGGCUCCUACCACACGGCUCCGGGUUCUCCAGAGCCCCUGGACCUUGGGCCGGACGCGGAGUGCCGGACGAAUUGGCCCGGGGUGGCCCCUGCGCUGGGGGCGGGCGCGCAGCCUCGCCUGUCCGUCAGCGCCCAGAAUAGCCGCCAGCAGCUCGAGACCGGCUCGGGUUUCCCGCGAGGCUCGGGCUCCGGCCCGCGGUCACCCCAGCCCCAGCUGCGCAUGUUGCCGUCGGGGGAGAUGGAAGUCAUCUUCGGCGCCGGGGCCCUGUUCAGCCGCUCUGACGCGGCGGAUAGCGAGGUGCAAGAGCUCACCGCUCGAGCUUUCCGCAGCCUCUCUCCGCCCGGGACUGCGACUCCUGCUCCCGCAACACCGACGCCCCAGGCCCCCGACGGUGGCUCCCGCUGGGCCACUUACCUGGAGCUGCGGCCCCGCGGGCCAAGUCCUGGGACCCCAGCGCAGUUCGAGUGUGUGGAGGUGGCGCUGGAGGAGCAUGCCGAGCCCUCCAGGCCCCGGACUGUGCCCAAGCGUCAGAUAGAGCUGCGCCCCCGACCCCGGAGUCCCACGCGGGAGGCGGGCGCGCCGCGCCCCCGACUGCUUCUGCGCACUGGCUCCCUGGACGAGUCGCUGGGCCGCCUGCAGGAAGCCGCGGGCCUAGUGCAGACAGCACUGGCCAGAAAACUAAGCCCUGCGGCCCCUGCUCGGAGCAGCGCCACCUUCGGGCCCACGGGGCGGCCAGAGUGUGCGACCCGGGAAACGGCGCGCAGUACCCGAAAGGUCCUAGAGGAGGCCAGGUCUCGGCCACCCCGCGUGCACAACAGUUCAGCCCCCGCCAGGGCACCACGGCCGUGGCCUAGCCUCAGAGAGCGUGCGAUUCGGCGUGAUAAACCCGCGCCGGGGACUGAGCCGCUGGGUCCGGUUAGUUCCAGUAUCUUCCUGCAGUCAGGGGAGAAGAUUCAGGAGGCGCACAAUCAGGAACUCAAGACUCGGUUCCCGCGAGAGACUCUGGAUCGAACCAUCCUGAAGGCACCAUCUCCGCCUUUUGAGUCUAGGGACCCCCGGGAGGUUCCGAAUAAGGCUGGGCAGCCUAGGAGCUCGUCCCCGCUGUGGCAGGCUCCAAAUGGGACCGUACGGGGUCCUCACUGCCCGUCCCCCCAGAAUCUGCCCACGUGGAAUCGAGCUAUUCGGAGAGUAAGUAGCCCGUUGUUCCCCGAGGGAUCCUCUGCCUGGGGAAAUCAGGAUCCUGCUAUCGAAGAAACUGUCAGCAGAAGAAGUCCUUCCCCACCGACCCGUUUUCAGUGGAAUCAGGAUGUUGUCAGGACAAGAAGCCCAUCCCCCGAAGCUCCUAACCUAUGGGAGGUUCCGAAAGCGGCAGUUGGGAAUACAUCGGAGGGCAGUAGGAGCCCGUCCCCGCCGGCCUUGUCUUCACUGGAGGCUCCAGAACGUACUAAUGGGACAUGGAACCCAUCUCCCCAAGAGACGUGGGAUCCCACAUUGCAGGGCUCUUCGACAGUAUCCACGUCAGAAGCUCUAAAUGGGAUAGGACAAGAGGAGCUGGCGCUGCCUAGACCGUCCGUACCCAGGACUCCCGAGCUCACAGAGGCACAGAGUCGGCCCACGCGGAAGAUGCAGAAUCUUGCCUUCCAAGGCAGUCAGCCGUCGUCAGAAGUGGCUGCACCCGAACUGCCCCUCAGUCGCCUCGUGGGCUCCCUGGAUGCCGAUGCGCACCGGGAAGUCUCGGGCCCUGGAGAAGAAGCCUCGGGACGACCGCGCGUGGCCAUUCCGAGGCCCCGCGACGUGCGCAAGAUGGUGAAGACCACGUACGCGCCAAGCUUUCCGGCGGGAACACCAGGUUCCAGGCUGCCUGCGCCUCCGACGGAACCCCGCGGGGAGGAGGGCGGCUCAUCCAAGACACCAGAGUUCCAGGCGCUGGAGUCCCCAUCUCCAGCUCACUACACUUCUGUGUAUCUCAAGGACUUUCUGCCAGUCGUGACGCACCCCUACGAGCUCCCAGAGCCAUCCCCCGACACAGUUCCCCGGGACGCUUCGCAGCCCAACGGGGUCCUGAGGCGGAGAGCAGAGAACAGCACGGCGAAACCCUUCGCGCGCACUGAGAUCCGCCUGCCCGGUGCACUGGCCUUGGGCCGCCGGCCGGAGGGAACCGGGGGAGUCCUGGUGCGCGGUUCUGGAGUAGGGAACCGGGAUGCGGAGACCCAGCGCCUGGUCCCUGACCGCGAGGGGAGGACCAGCCCUCUAGAAGGCGCUCGCACCUCACCCCAGCAGUCGCCCAUAGGGCCAGCCGGCCCGCAACCACCCAAACCAGCCUGUCCCAGCUCCCCUCAGGCGAACCCUAGCUUGAGUUCUGGGAUAGCACCCAAUUUGGAGACGCCUCGUGUGGCCCCUGAGACAGCGACUGUGGCCCAGUCGUCUCUCCCGCGGGAGCCCCAGGCGUCUACAGGCCGACCGGCCCCGCCCCAGCCCCGCGCUGCGUCAGCGCCACCGAUGGAGCGGUCCCCAGAGGGCCCCUUCCAGGGGGCGCGCAAGCCACCUGGGACCGCGUACCCGGGGAAGGUCCUGGUGGACCCCGAGAGCGGCCGAUACUACUUUGUGGAGGCGCCACGGCAGCCUCGGCUACGGCUGCUUUUCGACCCAGAGAGCGGGCAAUACGUAGAGGUGCUGCUGCCGCCAUCGCCCCCGGGGCCACCCCGCCGCGUCUACACCCCGCUGGCACUGGGCUCCGGCCUCUACCCGCCCGCCUAUGGGCCUAUCUCCAGCCUCUCGAUGCCGCCAUCCCCGGGCCCGCCGGCUUUCAGCGGCCCCCAGCUACCCUGGGCCUCUGAGGCAGGGCACCUGGACGGGAUGUACUACCUGCCAGUGAGUGGAACCCCCAGCCCCGCACCCCCUCUGCUCCUCUGUGCUCCACCCAACAGCUCAGGUUCAGCCCAGCCCGGCAAGGGGUCCUUGUUCCCAGUGUGA